UCUACUGAUUCAUUCAAUUUCAUAAUUUGUACUCGCUUCGUCGUCGUGUUAGUGAAAAAUUACAGAAAUGUGUUUAGAUUGGACAGGUCGAAGUUAUUUAAUUAAUGACCGUAUUUCUCAAAGUGUGAAGUGAUCAGUUAUGUUUAUUAAAGUUUUGUAAAUAGUGAUUAUAAAUGUUUUGUGAUUGAUAUAACGAAUCAUUGGUACGCAAGAUGGACGAAAUGUCUAAGGGCAUGUCACAAACAGGAAGCACUGCUGCAACUGACAAAAAUCAAGAUAUUGAUGAUGGCGUAAAGCAUGGUUUGCGGCACGCUCGCCAACCAUGCUAGCAUUGGUAGAACAAUUGCGGUCAUACCUCGGAGGAGGAUGCCCGUCGACGCCGAUGGUGUACGUGAACGAAUCGUGCCUGGAGUGCGAGAGAGUUCGCGCGGCCUGCGAGCGGCUGGGCCCCGUGGCGGCCGUCCGCGGGCCCGAGGCACUGCCAUCGACGCAGCCGCAGCCGGCGCCCCCGUCCUACCUUGUGACCGCACCCUUCGAAGGGGAACUCUUCGAUGCAGCACACAAAGCAAAAUAUAGGGUGCUGGGCCCCACCGCCGUGCUGCAGCUCGCGGACAGAGACGAGGCGCCGCCCACCAACGCGCGCCCACUCUACUCGCUGGCGAUGCGCGGCGCGGUCAUAUGUUUCUCAGGGUUCCGGAAAAAGGAUGAGCUUACGUACCUGAUAACACUGAUACACUACAUGGGUGGAUCAAUCCGUAAAGACAUGUCGAGUAAAGUGACGCACCUCAUAGCGGCGGCCGCCACGGGCGACAAGUACCGGUACGCGUCGGGCUUCGGCGUGCCCGUGCUGGCGCGCUCGUGGGUCGACGCGUGCUGGGAGCGACGCGACGACGCCGACUGCUUCGCCACCAACGACAGUAUCAUUAAGGAGCACAAAUUAAAAGUGUUUGCGGGUUCGAGAGUUUGCUUCGUCGGAUUCCCUGAAGACGAAACGCAACACAUGGCGGAGGUGCUUGCUAGCAAUGGCGGCGCCGCCUGCCCGCUCGACGACCCCGACUGCACGCAUGUCGUAAUGGCCAAUGGGGAGACUUUCGGUCGUUCGCUUAUCCUCUCGCCCCACCUUAACACCCCCAGCGGUUCCGCGAAGCCGUCCCGCUCCACUCCGAACCGAUCCCAAACCACUCCAAAGAGCUCUCUCUACCGUAGGCUGUCCGCCCGCCUCUCGGGCCGCCGCGCUAGUCCAACCAAACAGUCCAACGAACACAACGAAGACAAAACUAAAGACGAUAGAGAAGAGCGCUUGCAACGCGCAAGAAACAGUAUUAGAAAUAGUAUAAGUAACAAUAAAGAGAAAUCUCAUCUAGAAGAUGUCAGUAUUACUAAUGUAGGAAAUUCGUUUAUUGACGAUUUGUGCUCGGACGUCCGCGAUAGCGGCGGAGGUCAUUUAAUAGAAUUUCGGAAGCAUAACAGUAAUGAUAAGGAAAACAAAUAUUUAUCUCAAAUUAUUCACGGCAGUGCCAGAGUUAAUGCUAAAGAUAAGAGAGAAGUCUUUAAAAAUAAGUCCAUUAAUGUUUUUAAUAUUGUUGACUGCUUAACGGAAGCAGGAUCUUUACAUUCGUCGCUCACCAAGAGUUUGUGUGACUUGGAUUCGAAAGAUGAAGCGGGCUUUUUGUUACCCGUCGCGACAGGAAAUAAAGAGUUGCAGCAAUCAAACACCACCAUUUCGUCUGGGAAGAAAAGGAGUCGAAACUCUACAGAUUCCAACUUUCAAAUCAGUGUGAUAGAUGGCAAUAAUUUAUCUCCGGAUAAAUCAGAAGACGUCAAUUGGAAGUCUAUUAAAAGGCUAAAAAUUAAAGACUCCUUUAAAUUUAAAACAAAACCGAACAUAUUUAAGAAAACCAAAAAAGAAUCAUUAUCUAAAACGUCGGGCGAGAUCACAGUGGAGCCGGUGAGCCCCGAGAGCGUAAAGCCCACGGACCCGGCGGGCGAGUUCGUCGCCUCCACGUCCUCACCCAUCAGGGACUACGACAACACUUCCAUCUCAUCGUUGAACAUGAGCAAGCAGUCCGGAUUUUUUGAUAUAUCUUUUGCGUCCAUAAGAAGCUCCAAAACAGUUAAAUCUGCAUCAAAAUUACGGAGAAGUGUAAAAUCAUUCACCGCAUCGUUUAGAAGCGAAAGGAAAAAGAAAUACGAGAAACGCGAACGAAACACCGUCGAGGUGAAUCCUUGUCAUUUGCCGUCGGAUUUGAAAAACGUCUCGACACCUAAGAGAGAUCUGGACGACAUCCACUUCGACAUCUCCCCGGUGCAAGUAGACACGGUGGACAGUACCGACAGGACUCCGCUGAAGGAUCCCGACGUGGACGAGUUGGACGACUCGACGGUUUUCAAAACCCCCCAAAGCGUGUGGCUCCGCGCGCACCGCCACUCCAUCUGCGGCGCGCCCGAGAGCCGGCCGUCCCUCCUCCCCCGCCCCGCGCCGUCGCCGCGCCGCGCCGAGCAGCGCGCCGAGCCGCCCCCCACCCGCGACGCGCGCGCCUUGUCGCAAUGCCAUGGACUAUCGCUGCCGGUGGUGGACGAGCACAACACGGGCGCGGCGCCGGACUGCUCGCCGCGCGUUCACAUCGUCAAGGCCGAGUGGUUCUGGGCGUCCGUGCAAAAUGAAGAGGCCCAGGACGAACGGGAAUAUCUCUUCAAAGAUUACUUAGACGAAGUAUCGCGGCGGUCGUCUGUGGGCGGCGCGUGUCCGGCCGUCACGUGCUCCGGCGUGGACGAGGUGGGCGGCGGCGCGGGCGCGGCUGCGGGCGGCACGCCGGCGGCGCUGCAGCGGCUACGCAAGCGUAAGCUGCGCGGCAACGACGCGGCGCUGCACAAGCGACGCUCGUCCGUCGGCGACGCCGUGCUCCUCAGCCUGUCGAACAAUCUGUUGGACUGUACGCCAUCGCCCGACGGCAAGCAGCUAUUGGAAGAAUCCGAAGUACCUGACAAUGUAGUGCGAAAGUUAAUGUCUCCACGACAACAAGUGUUCAUGGAGCUCCUUCAGACAGAGUCGAACUACGUGGGCAUACUGCACACUAUAGUGAACAUGUUCAAACAACCAUUAGAAGAGAUGGCGGAGGACGACAGCAGUAAUGGCAAGACUCAGGCGUUGCUCAAUAAUACAGAACUCAAAAUUAUUUUUGGAAAUCUACCGCCUAUUUAUGAGUUACACCAACGCAUGCUGGAGGAGCUGCACUACGCGCAGGCGCACUGGAGCGAGGAGGUGAGCAUCGGGCGGCUGGUGCUGCGCUACACGCCCGACAUGGUCAAGGCCUACCCGCCCUUCGUCAACUUCUUCGAGAACACCAAGGAGAUGCUGCAGCAGUGUGACCGUGAGAACCCAAGAUUUCAUGCAUUCCUGAAAAUCUGUCAAACCAAACCUGAAUGUGGUAGACAAAGCUUACAGGAACUCUUAAUAAGACCAGUGCAGCGAUUACCCAGUAUAAGUUUGUUAUUAGAUGAUAUUCUAAAACACACACACAAGAGCAACCCGGACCACGCAGCGCUGGUGUCGGCGCUGGCGGGGCUGCGCGAGGUCAUGUCGCACAUCAACGAGGACAAGCGCAAGACCGAGGGCCAGCUGCAGAUGUUCGACAUAUACAACGACAUCGACCAGUGUCCGGCCCACCUUGUGUCGUCACAUCGCUCGUUCGUGGCGCGCUGCGAAGUGGUGGAGCUGUCGAAGGAGCUGUGCGGACGAGGAGACCACCUCGUGUUGUUUCUGUUCACCGACACCAUGGAAGUGUGCAAGAAACGAUCCAAGGCUUUCAACAGUAAAAGCCCCACGAACGGCACCGGCACGAUGCGCAUCGGCUCCAGCAAGCCCUACCGACACAUCUCGCUCAUGCCGCUCAGCACUGUCAAGUGCGUCGUCGAUAUACGGGAAGCGGAAGACUGCCACAACGUGUUCGCGCUCAUGUGCCGCAGCAACCAAGAGCUCAAGGAGAAGCUGUACUCGUUCAUGAUCACGGACGAGGCGGUCGACAAGUCGCACUUCCUGCGGCAGCUCUGUCGGCAAAUGGCCAACACCGUCUGCAAGCCCGACGCUGAUAAGUUCUUGGCGUGCCUGGAUUCGCAUCAGCUCGACAUAGACACGAGCGAUCUCGCGCUCAGCACACUCUCCAAGGUAUCGAAGUUCGCGGCGCGGACUAGGAUAAAGCUGGAGGCGCUGGCGGGGCUGGGCGGCUGGCUGCGCGCCGACCCGGGCGCCGUCCUCCUUGACACAUGGGUAUUGCGCGCUCACUUACUUGCACAGGUGGGACGUGCUCUGUCAUUCAACAAAACCCCGUCGAAGCUGAAGAGAGCGAUGUCGUCAAUGAUAUCUCCGUUCGGCUCGACGUCGAACCUGACGCCCGCGUCGCAGCUCGCUCAGAUGAGGCUCGCCAGCUGUAACAAUAUCAAUGAGAUGGGCGCGAGCGGCGGCGGCGGCGGCGAGGGCGCGUCGAUGCUGGUGGCGCCGCUGUCGGUGCAGCCCACGCGCAAGGCGACGGCGGGCGCGGCGGCCGCGCUGCGCCGCUUCUGACGCCGCAGCCAGCGCACCCUGUGACGCGCGCCCUAGUCACCGCACACAGAGCGUUGCACACUUAGCUCGGACCAUGAUCUGAUGGACGUAUUCGUUUCGUGUUGUAUAUAUAUACGGCGGCCAACUUUCUGAAAAUUGAAUGCGGGACUUUUUGUGGAUUGAUAGGGUUGAGAGGAGGGGUGUUAAGUUUAGUCGGUAAACGGUACCUACCAAAAUUACAUAAAAACAGAAAAUUUAGGUACAAAAGUCAAAAGUCUUUGUAUAUCAAACUAAUUUUAAAAAUCAAAACAAGUUCUACUCGCUCUUACGCCUCAUGUGUUCUGUAGAGAGAAAGAGAGAACGAAAUCACGCGCUAUAAGCUUGCCGCGCGCAACGCGUAUAAAUGCAGCGCUAUUUGUUCGUGCGCGCGUGUGGGUUAUGUGUAUGUGUGUGUCGUGUGAUAGAAAAUGCGGGACAUGCGGGACGCAUCCAAGGUUUAACGGGACUGUUUUACUACCUAGUUAUUUCAAAGCGGGAUAACAUCUAUCAUUACGGGACGAUCCCACAAAAUACGGGACGGUUGGGCGCCUUAUAUAUUAUAUAUUUUAUAUAUUUUCAAGUAAUAUGACGAACCAAGUUGAUGACCCAUCUAAUGGCAAGGGGGAGAUUGUCGCCCAUUAAUAAAGCAAUACUUCGCAGAGCAUGCAAUCCUUUAUAAUGUCCAUCAACCUGAGGCGUGGGUUAUGGGCCCUGUAAUUACAAAGGCAGCCAUACCCUACAGAUAGUAUGCAUUGCUAUUUGGCAGUAGUUCUCUGGACGAGCUGUCGCAUAAGCCUAUGAUACUACUAGUAAUACUGAUUUAUAUAUUCCUAAGGAAAACAAAUGUCUCUUUACGGCUGAACCGUAUGUCAACUAGUUUUAUCGUGAUCAAGGUCCUGAACUAAGUGUGCAACCUCCGUUUUACCCUACAAGUGUACCUUUAUGCUCGAAACGUCGAGCGCGUGUAUAGAGUAAGGGAUGGUCGUUUAAUUUGUUAUGGUUCAAAUACAAAAUUACCAAUACAAUUAUAAUUAUUCUGUCAUAUAUUUAUAAAUAAUUCUUUCAAUUUUUAACAAUUUAUACAUAUUUUUUUUAUCAAUAAUCAAUAUCCUAAUUGUGUGCUUGAACCAUAAAUAAAGUUACGGCUGCCUCUGGGACUAUAAAAAGUAUCGAUGGACGUUUUAAGUGAAUUUAUCUUCGAUUUGUGACUUAUCGAUUUUACUCUAUUGUAGAAUAUUAUUAUUGGCUGUAAUGCCAGGGCCAGUGGACGUUCUCGUCGGACCCAGUGAUGUGGACAUUGCGAUACGAGACGCGGCAAUUAAAUGUAAUUUAUUUGUGCGAGGCCAAGCCGGUGUUGUGAAAUUGUUAGACAAGAAACGUGCCUUUGUACUGUGAUUGUGAUGUGGGACCGGAUUCAUACAGUACCAUGCGAUAUUACCUAAAUGUGUCGAUGUCCUUAGGACUCGUACAAUACGUUUUGCUUAUUUUUUCAUACCCACAAAGUUGAAAAGCUUAUUCCGAAAUAAUUACACUCUUGCUUCCAACAAGGAUAAAACUUAUAGAUAAACGGCGCGUAGUACAGGGAGUCGAAGUAUGACUUCAGGCAUGCAGAUUCGCAUUACAGAUUGCUAGAAAAUUGGAUAUUAUUUUCUAACGUUCUAAUUUGCGUACUUGUGAAUGUGUUGCUUUUAAGUUGAAAGGCCUUUGGUUCAAUACUCAUGUCAGAAAUGUUUUUUUUUUGUAAAUUGGCAUUAUUGGUGGUAAGUUUGUGCUUAGUUUCUACCGACACAUUUAUAUCACCAAGCGUUUCAGUGUACCCAUCCAGGUUAUUAGUUAGACCUCUGCCGUCUAUUUAUUUAUAGAUCGUAUAGAUAAAAAAACAAAUAAUUUAAUUAAAACAUCUAUUUGUUUAUAGAUCGUAUAGAUAGAAAAACAAAUAAUUUAAUUAGAACAAUUAAAAAAAUAAAAACAAUUUAUUAUGUUUCCAAAUAUUCAUAAAACAAUUAUACAGUCAAUUUAAUACAUAUCACGGUCACUAAGGGAGUGGAGGAUGGUAGAAACGGGCAUCACCCUACAUCGACGUAUGCGUGUUGAGUCAAAUUAAAGUUAAUAUAUUUUGUGUAAGCCAAGAGGCAGCUUUAGGGUCAUAAGUCAUUAAAGCCACUCGGCAUCCGAUCAACAUCGCCUCGUUUCUAAGUUAGUAUUCCUGACAUUGAUUUCUAAAACAAGAAGGCAUUGCAGGAAGGGUGUUAAGUAGAUCUAAUGAGAUAUGACCUUUAUACACGCAAGCUAUCAUGAUGUCAAUUUAAAUGGUUGGAAGUCCGUUUCUACCAGGAUAGUAUUAUUUUAAAAGUGAAAACGAAGGCGCUUUGAAUGUUAAAGAUCGAAUCUUUAAAUGUAAAAUAAGCCUACGUUAGCGCGUCAUCGCGUGCUAACAUUUGUGCAACUGUAAACCAAAUUGAAAUUUGUAUAAAUUUAAGGCGACUACUGGAAGUCACCGUCGUCGAUUCCGAAAUAAACAUAAUGUUAAAUAAAUUAUAUUUUAAAGACCAUACUAUUACAUAUUUCGUGUUGUUUCGUAAAUGUAAAAAAUGUCCUUAGAUAAACAAAACUAAGUUUUCACUUGGGUUUCAGUUCCAGGUGUAAACUGAUAUUUUAAUGGUGUAAUUGCUAAUGGUGCAGUAAUAUCUAUAGCGUUGUUAAUCAUAUAUUACAUAACCGGUAAACUCUGAGUUUAAUUCUGUUUACAUCUACAGCCAUAUUAAAAUAUGUAUUUAUUGUAAACAUGGAUUAAAAUUUAAACCUCAAAUUAAAGUGAACUUUAAAUAGUAGUGAUUAGGUCUACUUUAAAGAAAAUUGAGGUUUAAAUCUAUGUUUAUAAAUAUGGGUGCUUGCUUGUGUUGCAUAAGUGAUGGUAAGCUUCAGAUGUGGCAAUUUACGAUCACCCUACCAGUUUUGAACCUAUGAUAUUGAGUUUAUAUUACAACUUCAUUGAUUUCUACAAAAAGAAAUUCUUGGUUUUAAUUUUCUGAAAGCGUUCAAGUUAAAAAAAUUUCUUUAAAGUUGGAAGGUUCAGGAUAUAUCGCGCAAACGUUUGAUGCGUUUAGUAUUAAUUAAUUAAAACCAAUACAAUUUUACUUGAAAAAUAAAUAACGAGAAGCAAUCGACGGCGGUGACUCCCGACAGCUCGCGCCAAGUCAUCAUCCAUCAUCUCCAUAUGCAUAUGUUAAUAGUUAGGGUCUCAUCUCCACUAUUCACCUUUCUAGUUUUUUGGGAUCUGUGUAAUAUCUUGAAUAAUUUAAAUCAGAUAUUUAAAUCUUUGUCGCAUAGUAAUAUUGAUAUUAUGGAAUAGUCCUGAGUAAUAUGUACAUAUUGUGAUAUUUUAAUUUAAUGGUGGAAUAGACAUCGUAGGUUAGAGUAGUGUCGUAUCUGGUGAACUAUCGCAUCCGGCCGCUGUUGGUUUUAUUAGAAGAAGAUCCGUAUUAGAAACGACCUUCACCCAUCUGUGUAAUGGGUGAAGUGUUUUAUAUCAAAAUUAGGAUUAGGAUGUUAUAAAAUAUGUUGAGAGUAAAUUGCCUCAAACCUCCUGGCCUGUUAUUAUUAACUAUUAUUAAUGAUAGUUAUAACUACUCGCAAUAUAUUUUUAACAUACUAAAUUUGAUAUAAAAAGCUUUUCAUUAAUUAAACAGAUGGGUGAAGGUCGUUUCUAAUACGUUCUUAGACUAUAAGCGUUCCUAAUAUUUGCCUCGACGCUUCUUAUGAACGUUUAACUCUGGAGACACUGUUAGCAGCGUUGGGUUCCGUGCGUGUCACAUUUUAUUAUAUUGUCUCAAAUACAAUUACCAACGCAAGCUCAAGAUUGUGACACGCACCGACGUUCAUAUCAUGCGCACGCAUGUCGAUACAUUGUACAAAGGUCUAUAUUUAUAAAUAUUUUAAAUGAUUGAAAGAAUAAACGUUUAUUUUCAAUCAUAA